CAUUGCCUAGAAUCCUAGAUAGCCUCCUUCCUAGCUAUAUAUGUACAUCACCACUUUCAUUUUAUUCACACACAUUAUCAUAUACUACUGCUUAUAUAUAGUAUGUAAUAUAUUGAUCACUUCAAAUAAAUCAAAAGCCUCUCUCCCUCUACUUAUACUAUUUCUCACCAACCAUGUAUAGUGUUAAAGGGAUCAUUUCUUCUUCUUAUUCUUCUUCCAACAUUAUUGGGUACUCAAAGAUGUUGCUGGAGAUGGGUGUGGUGAUGAUGAUGGUGAUGAGCUCUUGCAUGUCUUGUGUUAAGGCUGGGAAUUUCAACGAAGACUUUGACUUGACUUGGGGGGGAAACCGGGCCAAGAGGUUUGAAAAGGGCCAGCUUCUGACCUUGUCCCUGGACAGAGUUUCUGGGUCGGGCUUUCAGUCCAAGAAGGAGUAUCUUUUUGGGCGGAUUGACAUGCAGCUCAAGCUUGUUGCCGGCAACUCUGCUGGCACCGUCACUGCCUACUAUUUAUCUUCAGAAGGAACAACACAUGAUGAAAUAGACUUUGAAUUCCUGGGAAAUGUGACUGGUCAACCUUACAUUCUCCACACAAACAUCUACGCUCAAGGGAAAGGUGGGAGGGAGCAACAAUUCUACCUCUGGUUUGACCCAACCAAGAACUUCCACACCUACACUCUCAUCUGGAGGCCCCAAGACAUCAUCUUCAUGGUGGAUAACACUCCGAUAAGAGUGUUCAAGAAUGCAGAAUCAAUGGGAGUGCCGUUUCCGAAGAACCAGCCGAUGAAGAUUUACUCGAGCCUGUGGAACGCUGACGAUUGGGCCACGAGAGGGGGGCUAGUGAAGACAGACUGGUCCCACGCACCCUUCACGGCGUACUACCGAAACUUCAAUGCCCAAGCAUUUACUAGAGCAGCAGCAGAAGAGGCUUCUCAGUUCUCUGAUGGAAAAUGGCAAAACCAAGAACUUGAUGCCUAUAGCAGGAGAAGGCUAAGAUGGGUUCAAAGGAACUUCAUGAUCUACAAUUACUGCACUGACUACCGACGUUUCCCGCAGGGCUUCCCUCCAGAGUGCUAGCUGCCUAGCUAGAUUGUUUAAUAAAGUUCAUAUGUAGUUCCAAUUAAGCGUAACCAUG